ACUUCAGUUAUUCGGAAGAAGUUAGACAAGAAAGUCACAAAAAAAAGUAUCUCAAAAAGUUUAAAAAAAUAUUUUUAAGAAAUUAUGGCAGAUCUCGAUUACAAAGUUAACGGAAAUGGAUAUAAUGCCUUCUAUUACAAUGAAAACGGUGUCGAAAAUCAAUGGUACUCGUACGAGACGCUACUCAAUACGGCAAACUUUUUGUUGGAACGUACGAAGAUUCGUCCCGCAAUUGGAAUUAUUUGUGGAUCUGGUUUAAAUGCACUUGGUGAUACUUUGACAGAAAAAGAUAUCUUUCCGUAUGAGGAGAUCCCGCAAUUCCCGGUGUCGACAGUUGAAGGUCAUGUAGGUCAAUUGGUGUUUGGGUAUUUGGAUGGUAUUCCGGUUAUGUGUAUGCAAGGUCGUUUCCAUUAUUAUGAGGGAUAUCCAUUGGCUAAAUGUUGCAUGCCAGUUCGCGUAAUGAAGCUCGUUGGAUGCACGCACUUGCUUGCCACAAAUGCCGCUGGAGGUUUAAACAACAAAUACGAAGUCGGUGACAUAAUGAUUUUAAAGGAUCACAUUAAUUUCAUGGGUUUUGCGGGCAACAAUCCGCUCCAAGGCCCGAACGACCCACGUUUUGGUCCCCGUUUCCCGCCCAUGAACAAAGCUUACGACUCUGACUUGAUUGCGCUCGCGAAGAAAAUCGGCCAUGAACUCGGCAUGGAUCGCCAAAUCCACGAAGGCGUUUACACAUGUCUUGGCGGACCGAAUUACGAAACUGUCGCGGAAUUAAAAAUGUUGAAAAUUCUCGGAGUAGAUGCCGUUGGCAUGAGCACUGUGCACGAAGUUAUCACGGCACGCCAUUGUGACUUGACUGUGUUUGCUUUUAGUUUAAUCACAAACAAAUGCAUUGGAAACUACGAACAUCACGAAGAGGCUUGCCAUGACGAAGUUGUCGAAGUGGGCAAAGCAAAGCAAAAACUUUUGCGCGAAUUUAUCACACGAAUGGUUAAAGAAGUUUCCAAGAGGAUCGAGGCGCAAAAGAAAUAAUUUUUCAAUUUUAAGGAUUAGUUUUUACAUUUUAAGGAGAAUUUUCUGUAUGAAUUCAACCAUUAAAUUUUAAAAUAAACUUAAAAUAGGUUAUGAAAAGAUAAA